CCUCCCCUCCCUCUCCAACCUCGGGGGGUCCCGCACCCCCCCCCGCCUGACCGGCUAGACCCCGACCCUGCCGCCCGCACAAGAUGUCGGCCCGGACGCCAUUGCCGACGGUGAACGAGCGGGACACGGAGAAUCAUACAUCUGUGGAUGGAUAUACUGAGCCACACAUUCAGCCUACCAAAUCUAGUAGCAGACAGAACAUCCCCCGGUGUCGAAACUCCAUUACAUCAGCAACAGAUGAACAGCCUCACAUUGGAAAUUACCGUUUACAAAAAACAAUAGGGAAGGGAAAUUUUGCCAAAGUAAAAUUGGCUAGGCAUGUUCUAACUGGUAGAGAGGUCGCUGUGAAAAUAAUAGACAAAACUCAGCUAAAUCCUACCAGUCUACAAAAGUUGUUUCGAGAAGUAAGAAUAAUGAAGAUCUUGAACCAUCCUAAUAUAGUGAAAUUGUUUGAAGUCAUUGAAACAGAAAAGACCCUCUAUUUAGUCAUGGAAUAUGCAAGUGGGGGUGAAGUGUUUGAUUACUUAGUUGCCCAUGGAAGAAUGAAAGAGAAAGAGGCCCGUGCAAAAUUUAGGCAGAUUGUGUCAGCUGUACAGUAUUGUCAUCAAAAAUGCAUUGUUCAUCGUGAUCUUAAGGCUGAAAACCUUCUUCUUGAUGCUGAUAUGAAUAUUAAAAUUGCUGACUUUGGUUUUAGUAAUGAAUUCACAGUUGGGAACAAAUUGGACACAUUUUGUGGAAGCCCACCUUACGCUGCUCCUGAGCUUUUCCAAGGAAAGAAGUAUGAUGGGCCAGAAGUGGAUGUGUGGAGUCUUGGCGUCAUUCUCUAUACAUUAGUCAGUGGUUCCUUGCCUUUUGACGGCCAGAAUUUGAAGGAACUACGGGAGCGAGUCUUAAGGGGGAAGUAUCGUAUUCCCUUCUAUAUGUCCACAGACUGUGAAAAUCUUCUGAAGAAAUUGUUAGUGUUGAAUCCAAUAAAGAGAGGCAGCUUGGAACAAAUAAUGAAGGAUCGAUGGAUGAAUGUUGGUCAUGAAGAGGAAGAACUAAAGCCAUAUACGGAACCUGAACCAGAUUUCAAUGACACCAAAAGAAUAGACAUUAUGGUCACCAUGGGUUUUGCGCGAGAUGAAAUAAAUGAUGCCUUAAUAAGUCAUAAAUACGAUGAAGUUAUGGCCACUUAUAUUCUCCUGGGUAGAAAACCACCUGAAUUUGAAGGCGGUGAAUCACUAUCCAGUGGAAAUUUGUGCCAGAGGUCCCGGCCCAGUAGUGACCUAAAUAACAGCACUGUUCAGUCUCCGGCUCACCUGAAGGUCCAGCGAAGUAUCUCAGCAAACCAGAAGCAACGGCGCUUCAGUGAUCAUGCUGGUCCAACUAUUCCCCCUGCUGUAUCCUAUACCAAAAGGCCUCAGGCUAACAGUGUGGAAAAUGAGCAGAAAGAAGAGUGGGACAAAGACGUGACUCGUAAACUUGGCAGCACCACGGUUGGAUCAAAGAGUGAGAUGACUGCAAGCCCUCUUGUAGGUCCAGAGAGGAAGAAGUCUUCUACUAUUCCAAGUAACAACACAUAUUCUGGAGGCAGCAUGGCGAGGAGGAAUACAUAUGUCUGUGAAAGGACCACAGAUCGGUACACGACAUUGCAGAACGGGAGAGACAGCAGCCUUACGGAGAUGUCUGCGAGCAGCAUGUCUUCUGCGGGCUCUGCUGUAGCCUCUGCUGGCCCUUCAGCUCGACCUCGCCAUCAGAAGUCCAUGUCCACUUCUGGCCAUCCUAUUAAAGUUACACUGCCAACCAUUAAAGAUGGCUCUGAAGCAUACCGGCCUGGCAGUACAACCCAGAGAGUGCCUGCUGCUUCUCCAUCUGCUCAUAGUAUUAGUGCCACCACUCCAGACCGGACCCGGUUUCCCAGAGGGAGCUCAAGCCGCAGCACUUUCCAUGGGGAGCAGCUCCGUGAACGACGGAGUGCUGCUUAUAAUGGGCCACCUGCCUCACCGUCCCAUGAAACAGGUGCAUUUGCACACGCCAGAAGGGGAACCUCUACUGGUCUAAUAAGCAAAAUCACGUCCAAGUUUGUCCGCAGGGAUCCAAGUGAAGGCGAAGCCAGUGGCAGAACGGACACCUCAAGAAGCACAACAGGGGAGCCCAAAGAAAGAGACAAAGAAGAGGGCAAGGAUUCCAAGCCACGUUCUUUGCGGUUCACGUGGAGUAUGAAAACCACUAGCUCAAUGGACCCUAAUGACAUGAUGAGAGAAAUCCGGAAAGUGUUAGAUGCAAAUAACUGUGAUUAUGAACAAAAAGAGAGGUUUUUGCUUUUCUGUGUCCACGGAGAUGCAAGACAAGACAGCCUCGUGCAGUGGGAGAUGGAGGUUUGCAAGCUGCCACGACUGUCACUUAAUGGAGUCCGUUUCAAGCGAAUAUCUGGGACAUCUAUUGCCUUUAAGAACAUUGCAUCCAAAAUAGCAAACGAGCUUAAGCUGUAAAGAAAUCUAAAUUUACAGGACCAGGGAAGAUGCACCCAUGUCUGAGGUACAGUUUUUGAAUGUACUGGUAAUGCCUAAUGUGGUCUGCCUACGAACCUCCCUGUGUAGAACUGCCCUUAAUGCAAUAAGGUUAUACAUAGUUAUGAACUUUAAGAUUAAAGUCAGUAUGAACUGUAAUAAAUAUCUAGCAUAAAAAGUAGGGUCACAUGUACAGGUGAGUAUACUGUGUAUUUCUGUUCAUUUUCUGUUCAUAGAGUUGUAUAAUAAAAUAUGAUUGCUUAAAAAUUUGUACAGUUGUCUAGAUUUCUGCACAUAAAUGUAUGUUUAAUGCUUUGAGUUGAAGAAUCUCUUUUCUUUUUAUUUACAGUCUGGUGGGUUUUUUUUUUUUUAAUUCUUACCUCCAUCAUGCAAUUUUGAAAAUUGUGUCUAGGAUGACAGAAAUAGUCUCCACAGUUUUAGCAUGAACUUUAUAAAAUUAUUUUAAAUCAUAUUUAAAUUGAAACCAGAAGCUGAUACAUAGAUCAGCUUUACUAUACAUGGAACUAAUCUUGCUUAUCUUUGCUCUUAGCCUUGUCCUUGAACAAGGUUUAGUUGAAAAGAUACAAAAUGUUUACAGUGUUGGCACUUAGACUUUUUAAAGUAAAGUACAUGAAAAUAAUAGCUUUGCUUUAAGCUAACUUAGAAGUACUGGGGGGAAAAUUAAAUCAAUACCAGGUUUCUUUUGAACUUUGGAGUGUUUUCUGACCCACUGCUAAUUAUAGCAGUAAAAUUGAAAAGAAUCAAUACUUCAUCUGGCUGUGAUAAUGUACACUGUCACUUAGGUUUGCUGCCUUCAGAAUACCGCAGUGUAAUUGCGGAAAUACAAUAAUAUUGGGACUGUUUCAUAGCACAAACUCAUCUUUACAGUGUUGAUCAAUGCAUCAGUUAAGAAAUAAUGCCACCUCAGGAAUUAACUGGCAUUGGGAACAUUUGCCUCAUUCUCCCCCCAUCCUCUUCAUCCACCCUUCUGCUGUAAUAUCUGUAAGUACUUAAAAGACUUGUGAGCAAACCAUACUAUUUAUAACAGUGUAUUAUUGGUUUAUGCUUGUGGGUUGUUCGGUUUGUUCCCAUGUAACCCAUUUGUUUUAAAUACUUUGCCAGAUUUCUUGUGUUUAUUCCCCAUCUUCAUGCCUAUAAUGUGCAGCUUCAAAAUUGGGCAUUUAUGCCUUCUUUUCUUUCAUAACUAGUGAUAUGUGCUAUGUAAAGCCACUAGUAAAGGUACAUUUUAAUACUUGUUAUUUUAUACUGAAUUAGCCUUGGAGGUUGACUGUGCAAUGUUAUUUAAUGUUGUAAUUACUGUAAUAUCAACAUAUGGGCCCCAUCUGCACACUCCUACAUAAUAGAAAGUGUAUUUAAAUUUUAUCAGUUUAAAGAAAAAUAAAGCUGUACUAAAUGCUGUAACCUACAGUGGAAAGCUCUAAGUGUAGGUGAUGUGCCAUUCUGUAAUGGCUUCCAGACUAAGGUGAUUUUACCUUCUGUACCGUACUGUGAUGUAGCUUUCUUCUGUAACAUUCUGUUCUAAAAUGAAGUGUAUUCUUGCCUUAGCAAAGGGUAAUGUUUGAGAAAACAAAGCAAAACUGUGUAGCCCCUUUUUAACUUAGUGUUCAUUCAAAAGAAUUGAUGCAAAUCUUUAUUCACUUUCACUGGUGCACACGGGAAUUUUACUUGAACAUUUCUCAUAAUAAAGCACUUGUCUUUUGCUCUUUA